AUGUUCGACGGCUUCCAACCAUUCACAAUCACCACCCAAACCUCCCCGCCGAUCACUAUUCACGGCAUUAAGAGCGGGGAUUCCGCAUCACCCCUCCCGCCCUUACUCCUCAUCCACGGUUUCCCUCAAAGCCACCACAUCUGGCAUCGGGUGGCAGAACGAAUCGUCGACAAGUAUACGGUAAUCGCCAUUGACAUCCGCGGCUACGGCGCAUCCUCGAAGCCCGGCGAUGUGGCAUCUUACGCCAAGAGCGCAAUGGCGCGCGACUGUAUCAGCGUGAUGGACCACCUUGGUUAUGAGGGAAAGUCCUUCUUCGUCUGCGCACAUGAUCGCGGCGCGCGUGUUGCGCACAAACUGGCAGUUGACUUUCCCGAUCGCGUUAAGAAGGCCAUCUUCCUCGACAUUGCCCCGACUCUGGUCAUGUACAAGACGACAAAUUUCGAAUUCGCAAAGGCAUACUUUCACUGGUUCUUCUUGAUCCAGCAGGAACCUCUACCAGAGACAUUGAUCUCAGCCGCGCCAAGGCAAUACGCGGAGAUGUUCAUGGGGGGCAGACAGCCGAGGGGAUUGGAGAUCUUUGAAAAAGAGAAUUUUGAUUACUAUGCAAGUGUCUUGGAAGACCCAGCAGCGGUGCAUUCUAUGUGCAACGACUACCGCGCUAGUGCGACGCUGGACUUGGAGGAGGCAGAGGCGGACCUGAAGGCUGGAAGGUUGAUUCAAUCUCCCUUGAUGAUACUUUGGGGCAAGUAUGGUGUGAUUGAGAAGUGCUACGACGCGGUGAAAGAGUGGCAGGAUGUUACCAGCAAAGAUGUGACGGUGAAGGGACAUAAUGUUGAGUCUGGGCACUAUAUUCCUGAGCAGGCACCUGAUGAUGUUGCUGAGACUAUUUUGGAGUUCUUCAAGUAG